CCCAGCCCAUCAUCAAAAACUUCCCUCUCCUUCCAACUCCAGCAACUGAAAAAAAAAAAAAACUAGGGUUUCGAAAACGGAAAACCCUAAUCAAAAUCUCAAACCCUAGAAUCAAAAAAAGACCCCUCCCCGAAGUCUCCUCCCCUUGAUGCCAAUCUCCCAUGCCUCCAAAGCAGCAAUCUAAGGCCGACGUCGCCAAGAAGCAGAAGGUCGUCGAGGACAAAACCUUCGGCCUCAAGAACAAGAACAAAUCCAAAAAUGUUCAGAAGUACGUUCAGAGCCUCCACCAAUCUGUGCAGCCCAAGCCCGACGCUUCGAAAGCCGCAGCAAAGAAGAAGAAAGAAGAGGAGAAGGCUAAAGAGAAGGAGCUGAAUGAUCUGUUCAAGGUCGCGGUUAGCCAACCUAAAGUCCCAGUCGGUGUUGAUCCUAAGUCGAUACUGUGCGAAUUCUUUAAGGUUGGGCAGUGCGCCAAGGGUUUUAAGUGCAAGUUUUCACAUGAUUUGAAUGUGCAGAGGAAAGGAGCUAAGAUUGAUAUUUAUAGUGAUAAGCGUGAUCAAGAGACAAUGGAGGAUUGGGAUCAGGAGACAUUGGAGAAGGUUGUUGCACAGAAGAAUUCGGAGUAUCAACAAAACAAGCCAACUGAGAUUGUCUGUAAGUAUUUUCUGGAUGCAGUGGAAAAGAAACAAUAUGGCUGGUUCUGGAUCUGUCCAAAUGGUGGAAAAGAUUGCCACUAUCGGCAUGCUCUCCCUCCAGGAUAUGUCCUGAAAUCUCAGAUGAAGGCCUUAUUGGAAGAGGAGACAGAAAAGAUAAGCAUUGAAGAGGAGAUAGAAAACCAGCGUGCCAAAGUUGCUACUACCACUCCUAUGACGCCAGAAUUGUUCUAUCAAUGGAAGAAGAAAAAGAUGGAAGAAAGAGAAGCUGGUCUUGCUGCAAAGCAGGCAGAAAGGGCAAAGAAUGACCGAAUGAGUGGCCGUGAGCUGUUCAUGUCGGAUGCUAGUUUGUUUGUGGAUGAUGAUGACGCCGAAGCAUAUGAGAGAUACCAAAGAGAAGAUUCUGAUGUUACUGGAGGAAAGGUUAAGAGCGAGGGAGGCUCUGAGGGCACAAGUACCUUGAAUCAUUUUGAUAAAGAUGCUGAAGAAGCGCUCGCAGAAGAGGAUGAUGAUGACGAGCUCGACUUAGACGAACUUGAGGAGCUAGAAGCAAGCCUUUCUAAGACAUCGCUUCAGAUUCAUGAAGCAGGCAUCGGAGCCUCAUCUUGAAGAGGCUUCAACUUUCCAUAUUUGUUCCAAGUUCUUGUAACAUUGUUGAGGUGAAAGCAUUUUUCGUGGACUCUGUUUUUAUGUGAAUCAAGUGUAAUUUCUCAUUGUGUUGGAGAAGCAAGUUUUGAUGCAGCUUUUCUCAUCAUGGGGAGGUAUUGGAGUAUGGGGAGUAGCUUUUCUCAUACCAUUCUUUUUGGGUUCAUCUUUAUCUUUCCUUGACCCCAUUGAAUUAUUUACUAGCUCUGGAGAUAUUUAUUAAUAAUAAAUUUGUAUGGUGCGAUGGUUGGGUGA